AUGCAGGACAUUCGCUUGACAGCGGCCUUGGUCGCCUGUCUUACCCUGUUUCCAGCCUUUACCUCUGCGUUCUGGCGUCUCCCCUGCCGUGGGCGAACUGGUGUCGCCCGGUUGGACCCCAUCGUUGACCCCGGCGAGAUCUCUUCUCAUGUGCAUGCGAUUCAUGGAGGAGGAAGCUUCAGCAUGAACUCGAACAUGCAGACUCUGCGCGAGUCUAGCUGCACGUCCUGCGCCGUGACGCAGGACUUGUCUGCAUACUGGACCCCUGCGCUUUAUUUCAUGCACACCAACGGCAGCGCUGAACUGGUCGAGGAGGUUGGAGGCAUGCUUGCCUACUACCUCCUGUACGGAGACAAUGUUACCGCGUUCCCUGACGGCUUCCGUAUGUUGGCCGGCGAUCCCUUCCAGCGCAACUUCACCUGGCCAGUCCCCGAUCCUCCCAAGUCCUCGUGGUCCGGUGCUCAGGUCUCCCAGAAGGCACUCCGUCAGAAGGCCCUGGGCUUCAACUGCUUGGACUACGCCGGCACUGCCGAAGCAUCUCUUUACCGUCACUUCAUGCCGAACAAGACUUUCCUCGACGCAAACUGCCCCGACGGACUCCGCCUGGAGCUGAUGUUCCCUUCGUGCUGGAAUGGAAAGGACGUUGACUCAUCCGACCACAAGUCCCACGUUGCCUACCCCGACCUCGUUAUCACAGGUACUUGCCCCGAGGGAUACGAGACGCGCCUGGUUUCGCUGUUCUAUGAGACUAUCUGGAACACUUAUGCAUUCAAGGAUGUCGAUGGAUACUUCGCCCUGGCUAACGGAGACCCCACUGGAUAUGGAUACCACGGUGACUUUAUGUACGCCUGGGAAGAUGGCGUGCUGCAAGAGGCUAUUGACACUUGCACGAGUGAGUCGGGUGAAGUCUCCGCUUGCGAAAUCUUUGAUAUUCAAAGCGAGACAGAGGAGCGCGAGUGUUUCCUUGACUUGCCUUCUGAGCUCAAGAAUGAGAACGUCCAGAUGCAUGCCGAUGGUCUGCCAGGUCCCAUGGGAAUGCAGUGGGGACCAGCCUACGCUACUAUGGGAUCGGCAUCUUCCUCUUCGUCCUCUUCGUCCACUUCGACCCCCACCAGUGCUGCGUCCGUCUCUGUCGGCGCUACGAUUGACGUUGGAAACGUGCUUGCUAUCAACACUGCUGUAACUACUACUAGCUCAACCACGUCUACCUCAUCGCCCACUCCUACUCCUACCACCUCAAUUCAAGUCGAUCAAUACACCGAGGAAAUUGUCUACCUGCAACAGGAAGUUAUUGUCAUGCUUGGCGAGGGUGGAGUCCCAUACGCCACCAGCACUGGCACUCAACGCACUCUGUCUACCGCACUGACGACUGCCACUCAGACCUCUACCGUGGUGUCCUAUGUUGAGAAGAGAGAUGAGACUCCUGCGGAACCUGAAAAACGGGAUCUCAGUGCCGAGAAGGAAGCCCGGCACGCUCAUAACCAUCAUCGCCACUCGCACAAGAGACACGGUCACUAA